AUGGAGGAGCUGAAAUGUGAAUGGACAGAGCGCAUAACUGUGGCCUAUGUGAAGGGAAUCCUUCAACCCAAACCCACCUGCGACAGCUGGGACCAGAUCUGGGACUUCCGGGCCAGGCCUGACGACCUGCUCAUCUGCACCUACCCUAAAGCAGGGACAACGUGGACUCAGGAGAUAGUGGACUUGAUACUAAAUGAUGGUGAUGUUGACAGAACUCAGCGAGCACCUACUCACGUGCGGUUUCCUUUCAUCGAAUGGAUCAUCCCGUCCAUAGGAUCGGGCUUGGAACAAGCUAAUGCGAUGCCCUCGCCGAGGAUCCUGAAAACACACCUUCCCUUCCAAUUGCUGCCUCCGUCUUUCCUGGAGAAAAACUGUAAGAUAAUCUAUGUGGCGAGAAACCCCAAGGACAACCUGGUGUCUUACUACCAUUUCCACAGGAUGAAUAAAGCGCUUCCGGCCCCAGGGACCUGGGAAGAGUAUUUUGAGAGCUUUCUGACUGGGAAAGUGUGCUGGGGCUCAUGGCACGACCACGUGAAAGGAUGGUGGGAAGCCAGAGACCAACACCGCAUCCUCUACCUCUUCUACGAGGACCUGAAGACGAACCCAAAGCAUGAAAUCCGGAAGCUGGGAGAAUUUAUUGGAAAAAAGCUGGAUGACAACAUCCUAGAUAAAAUUGUCCAUCACACUUCGUUUGAUGUCAUGAAGCAAAAUCCCAUGGCAAACUACACGGCAGUUCCCGCUGAGGUCAUGGACCACUCGGUCUCUCCGUUCAUGAGGAAAGGGACCGUCGGAGACUGGAAGAAUCACUUCACCGUGGCUCAGAACGAGCGGUUUGACGAAGACUAUCAGCGGAAAAUGGCUGGGACAAGUCUAACUUUCCAGUUCUAG